UGAGGAAGCGGGAAACAACUGCAGAGAACAAGAUGGCGGAGCAAACAUUACAACACGAUAAUUAUUUUAUAAGAGACGUUGAGAAAAACGACGGAUCUGUCUUGAAAAUCAAACAGUGCUUUAAAGGAGACGUGGGCUGUGUGGUGUGGGAUGCAGCAAUCGUGCUGUCAAAAUAUUUAGAAACUAAACCGUUUUAUGAUCCUGGCUCGGGUGUGAACAUGUGGGCUAACAAAAAAAUUAUUGAGUUAGGAGCAGGAACAGGAGUAGUGGGCCUUAUGGCAGCAUCUUUGGGGUGAGUAAUGUUAAGUAGCUACUAAAUGUUAUUGUGAGCUUUUAUCUAUAUAAAUAGUUGACCAACUAUUUGUUUAACUUCCAACUAAAGUCAACUACCUAACGUUAGUUAACUAUAAUGUUUCUGUCCAGCUGAACUGUAUAUACAUAACUAGCUAUCGAAUGGUCUGAUGAAAUAAUUUCAAUCAUAAUUAACAUAAUCUCUUCCUCCAUCUCUCUGUCUGUCCUGUAGAGCUCAGGUUACUGUGACAGACCUCGAGGACCUGCAGUCUCUACUCCAAGUCAAUAUCCAAGACAACCAGGCACUUGUCAGCAGUGGAUCCAUCACAGCCAAGGUACUAAAAUGGUCUGUACUGUACUUAUCCCAGUACUUGUUAGUUAAUAUAGAGAUUGUAUUACCUAAGACAAGGCAAGCUACAACUAGUCAUCACAGUAGGCUAUAAUGUGUAAGCAAACAAUGGAUUUUCUAUAGAUGGGACAUGUGAUCUAGCCUAGUUCAUGUCUCAAAUGUGGAAUUCUCUUAUCUUUAAAGGGGUGAAAAUGUGUCAGAGUUUCUACCACACCCACAUUUUAUCCUGAUGGCGGACUGUAUCUAUUAUGAACAGGUGUUGUACUUUCUCAUUUACUGUUGUGAUACUGAAUUUGUGCAAUUUGAAUAUUUGGGGGGGUAAUACCGUGGCUCAGUUUUUGUGGGACUUGCUUUUUAUUGCCUAUACAACUGCCCAACACAUUCAGUAAUAGAACACUAUUGAUAGUGUUACUUUUAGUUCAAUACAUGGGCGAAAAAUUACUUUGUUGUUUAACUGUUUACCGUCUGUUGUACUUAGUCUGUGAAGCCACUGGUGGAAACCAUGAAACACCUGGUUGGACCUGAGACCAGCAUCAUAUGCUGCUAUGAACAACGCACAGUGGGUGUCAACCCCAAAGUGGAGAAGCAAUUUUUUGAGGUGAGAAUUCUGUCUGUCCUCGUUACCAUAUAUACUGUUGUGUAAGGAAAUGUAGUUAGCUGUUAUAUGUAAGCUUUUCAUGUAUCUUGUGGAGACCAUCUUCCUCUUCAAUGACGUGCUGUUCCUCUGUUCUGUUGUCCAAUCAGUUGCUGCUACAAGACUUCCAGUCUGCGGAGAUCCCUUUGGACAAGCAGGACCCAGAGUAUAACAGUCCUGACAUCCGCAUCCUUCACAUUCGCAGAGCUGUCUGAGUGAAUGAGUGAGUGUCUGUGGAUAUGUGGUUGUCAGGGUUGUGUUAUACAAAUAAUUGAAUUGCACUCCUAAGGAGAAAUGUCAUGUACAGUUCACCUGACGGGAAUUUAAAUGGGAUGGACCCCAGGGGAGAGCACUAAUAUUGAAAGAACUCAUUUGAAAAUCCUUCCUCGAUAUAUCCAUGUUGUCUUAGUUUGGACUAUGAGUUUUAUCAGACUGUGAUACUCAUUGCACCAUGAUUCUAAAACAAUUCCCAGCUAAUUAGAGGUAGACUCCGCGAUAUGACUUAGGUGCACAAAGUAAACAAACAGCAUAGUGGAUAAAUUUCCGCAGCAACUGGAAGUGUUGAAGCGUGAGGCUAACUUCUUAGCUGUUUUGGUCCCGUACCUACCGCUCUCUAACAGCGAGAAGCAAACUCCUACACGUGCAGAUACUGUGUGUGACUGUUUGAGCGAAGUCUUGCAUCUCGCUCA